AUGAGACUUGAUCAUUGUCUUCUCUAUGAGCUACUACUCCUCGCACUUGGAGUAUUGGCCAAUGCUAGCACGGAAGCAGUCAGUGCCAACCCUCGAAAGUCAUUCCAGGGCAUUGCCCAAGUCCGGUCAGAUGGGCUCCUCGGCACCUCUGACCUAGACGCGAGGCUCGUGGAGCGCGCAGAGUGCGCUAUUGGCAAGAAGGUCUGCAACAACGGCUGCAUCCCCAUGCUGGCUACAUGCUGCUCGAACGGAGGAGGUUAUUGCGAGGCCACGGAAUACUGCUUCUCGGAUGACGGAUGUUGUCCUAUCGGCAAGACCUGCUCUGGCACUGGUUCCUGCUCUAGCGACGAGGUUCCAUGCGGGUCAAAGGGUUACUGUAUGCCCAGUGAUGGGGAAUGCUGCACGUCCGGAACCGGGUACUGCCCCAAAGGGAAAUCUUGCAUCAUCCGAGACGGCGAGACAUACUGUUCCUCCGAUGGCUCGGCCACUUCCUAUACAUACAACCUAGGGAGUACUUCACUCGCCACAUCAACAAGAUCCCUCACACUCGACCUCACCCUAUUAUCUUCGUCCACCGAGAGGGCAACGACAACAACAACUGCAAGGACAAUUGGGUUCUCAUCCUCAUUCCCAUCUAGCUCGGAGGAAGAUUCAAGCAGCACUACCAGUUCUGAUUUUGCCUCUGAAACCAGCGAGGAGGCCUCUACAUCCAGCACUGAGAGCACAUCGACGACUUCCGAGUCGAGGGCGACAACGGCAACCGACGCCGCAGCGACAACGAGCCAGCCUGGGGCUUCCACAAGGGUUCAAGUGUCAGGCCUUGUCCUGCUCUCAUGGUUGUCCGCUAUGUACUUGUGGGCUUAG